AUGGCGCCGACCACGGAAAGAAGACCACGCUCCCGGCCACCAUCACUCCCUGGAGCAGCAGUAGCUGCUGCACCGCCAGCCGACGCCCCUUUUCCCGACCCAUUUCCGACCGUCACCGACGACAACAUACCACUCCUCCCGCGCCAGCAAACGCAGAACCCACCUCCGGCACAGACAACAUCCACCAUCCCAGCCUCCUACGGCUCCCUCGACGGCUCGCUAGACCCGGGCGCGGUGGCGGGCAUUACGCUCGGGUCCGUGGCCGGGUUUGUGCUGCUGCUGUGGCUGGUAUACACGUGCAUCAACCUGGGGGCGCCGGGGGACGCCACGACGGAGGGGACGGCGUCGGUGGUGACGAGGCACAGUCGGCGGCAUCACCGGUCCCAUUCGCGGCGAGUGGCGCGGCGCUCGUCACGGGGGACUGAGGCAACAAUUGAAGUUAGUCGGCGGCCCGGCGGCGGGGGGACCAGGGAGGUGAUUGUCGAGGAAAUGACGUCGGCGCACCCGAUCGGCGGCGCCGAGAGGGUCAUUGUGGAGGAGAGGCGCCGCAGCUUCAGCCGGGGCCCGUCCAUCACCCGCGUACCCCCAUCGCCGCCUAGAAGGGGCAGGGCCUUGUCGAGCGAUGGCGGUGAUGAUGAGGUCGUUGUCAUUGAAGAGCACUCACCCCCGCCCCGCCGCAGGAGUAGGGUCAGGAGCGUGGAGAGGCGGUCCAGCGGGUAUAGAGAAGUGGACCCGACCCGGUUUGCCGGUGGGGAUGGGCCGAUUAUUGAGGUUAGAAGGUCGAGUAGUCACCACCGGAGGUGA